GAUAAUAAUACAUGAGGGUGGAUUCAAGUUAAUAGCGAGAAGACACGAGGGCAUUUAAGUCAUUUACUGUUUGUAGACGUAUGGUCAAUCCCGCUUUGGUGUUACGUGAAGUGUUGGCUCCUAUAUAACCUCGUCUUCUCCAACUUGUUCUUCCCCAUAAAUCUGAUAAUCAAUAUAUAUCAAAUACUCAAAACAAAAGAGAAAGAAAUUAAAGAGAGAGAUGGGAAACAGCCUAAGGUGUUGUCUGGCUUGUGUUCUUCCAUGUGGAGCACUAGAUUUGAUCAGGAUCGUUCAUCUAAACGGCUACGUUGAGGAGAUCACACGGUCAAUAACCGCCGGAGAGAUCCUCCAAGCAAACCCUAACCAUGUCCUAAGCAAACCAUGUUCUCAAGGAGUUGUCCGCAAAAUCUUGAUCUUGUCUCCUGAAUCCGAGCUCAAACGAGGAAGCAUCUAUUUUCUCAUCCCCGAUUCUUCCUUGCCGGAGAAGAAAAGGCGGAGAAAGGACACUCCUCGCCGGAAGAAGAAUCUCCAAAACCCUAGUGCCGACGCCGCCGGCCGAGAAAUUAAAGGUGAUGAGGAAUGUGUGAAGUUGUGUGAGAAGUACUUAGAAGAAGUAGUGUCGUCGGCGUCGACAGGUAAAGAGCACCGUCAUCGCCGGCGGCACAGCAGAUCGGCGUCAGUAUCCACGUGGCGACCUCUCCUUGACAGUAUCUCUGAGGAUCUUAAUUAAUUCCUCUUUCCUUUAAAUCUCUUUUUUUUUUGUUGCUUCUAGCUAAUGGUGUUUUUUGUCCGGAAGCCGGAUUUUUAUCAUUCUCUUUUUCAUUUUUUCUCUCUUUUUUUUUGGUUUUGGGGAAAUUUUCACGAAAAGAGUUAUAUAAUGUGGAUAAGAUCUGUGUUAAAAUUCGGUUGUGAUUUCGAGUCACCUGAGAAUGAUGAUAUUCAAUCUGAUAAUCAUUGAUCAAAAGCGAAACAUAUAUUGUUGAACAUGUUAACAUUAGUAUAAAUUACAUGGAAUAAGAAUAAAUAAAGAGAACGGUUA